AUGUUAACAGCCGAUUUAAAUUGUUCAAAAUAUUGUCCAGUCAAUAAUCUUUUACAAUACUGUCGCAAACCGCAACGUACUUCUGGUCCAUUGUUUUCCUUUAUGGAUGGAUCAUCUGUGUCUCGUUCAUUUCUUACUAAUCAUUUAGAUUUAGCUCUAAAGUUUUGUAAUUUACCUACCUCAGUUUAUAAGAGUCAUAGUUUUCGUAAUGGUGCUGCGAAUCUUGACCCAUUGGCAAUGUUAGCACUUGCUUCAGAAAAUGCAAGAAUAAAUGAAGAAAUGGCAAAGCUAAUACUGGAAAAGGAAGAUUUAAUGAGAAGUGUUAAUGAGAAAAAAGUUACGAAUAGUCAAAAACCAGAUAGUAAAAUUUACAUUGAAGGUGGAUUUAGUUGUAAAUAUUUAAAAGUUUAUGACAAAAAGUAUAAAUACUUCACUGGAUUUACAAAUGAGAUUUUCUAA